CCCAGAUUUUGCUAUCGAUCCCGGAUAAGAGGUCCCGAUUGUACUUAUUCCGCACUCACUGAAUGUGCUGUGUCCUCGGCCUUCUAUAAUCGGGCUAAGGCCUCGUGGCUCUUGAGCAUUCAACGCCUUACCACGUGCGUUGCGCGCCUAAAAUUCUCUUUCCUCUAUUGACUCGUCAUGUCGUCGCGACAAAGAGCUGAAGGUCUCAGGCGGAAGAUCGAUGAUAUCCUCGCAGCAGGAGGUGAUAUGGCUAUCCCAAUCCUCACGGCCGUCAAUGCUGCCGCAGAUAUGUGCCCUCCUCUAAAGAGUGCGACUAGCGGCGCCCUCUUCAUUAUCAGUGAGGUUCAAAAGUUCAAGGAGAAUAAGAAGGAAUGGGAGGACUUUGGGGACUACGUCGCCGACAAUGUGGCCGAAGUACUUGCAGCCAUAAAGUCCUAUGAUCCGGAAGCGGAAGCGGCAAAGCCAUGGGUGGAGAGUGCCACGAAGCUUGAUCGCGCGCUACAGAAGAUCAAGUCUGAAAUCGAGCGAAGACGCACAAAGGUAGAGAAACGGCCGGCCCUAAUAAAUACAUUGUCCUACCUGAGAAACCCGGGAAGGAUCGAGGGCCUAAAGAAGGAUCUUGACAAAGCAUUGGCGUCAUUUCAGCUUAGGACGAACUUCAGAAUCGGUGUCAAAUUGUCAGCCAUGGAAGAUGACUCGAUUCUCGGUAGACUCCAAUAUCCUGACGUCGCCCACCAUGAUUCAACUCAGGCAUGCCUCGAAGGCACUAGGGUCGGCCUUACCGAGCGUAUCAUGGAUUGGUGUCACAACACUGGGGACAGCGAGAACCGGGUGAUGCUUCUGACCGCUGUAGCCGGAGCUGGAAAGACCUCUAUUGCCCACACGAUUGCGGAAAGGUGUGAAAGGGAAUGCACCCUGUUGAUGAGUUUCCAUUUCAAGGCGGGCGAACAGUCGCGGCCUGAUCGUCUAUUCAGCGGCAUGGCUCGAGCGCUGGCGAAUCAUGAUCAAGGAUACCGUUCCUCCAUUACCUCUGCUCUUCAAAGAGAUCCUACUCUAUCAACAGCGUCAUUCACAAUGCAAUUCAAGAAAUUAGUGGCUCCAUUCCUAUCCCAUCGACCUCCGCUUUCUGACCGUCCUUUUGUGGUCAUCAUCGACGCUUUGGACGAAUGUGACAAAGAGGCAUUUGAACCCCUUGCCAAUAUUCUUCGGAAGGAAGUCCCCAAAUUACCAUCCUCCAUAAAAUUCUUCAUCACGUCGAGACAAUUUGAUCUUGUUAACCGCUUCCUCUCGCCCGAUUUCCCCAUCGAUCGCCUUACCAUUGACCUCUCAGAUGACAUGAACGUGCGGGACUGCGCUACGUACAUACGUUCCCAGCUGCAGAUGCUGAAGGAUUGUCAUCCUGAAAUACGGCAUAAGCUUCAGGACGAAGAGGAAAUGGUACAGGGGAUCUUGGAACGGGCAGGUGGCUUGUUUAUUUGGAUCAGCACCAUCUUUCGCUAUAUGAAGAUGGCCAACAAAGACCCUAUGAGGACGCUAGGAAGACUGCUCAGUACAGGCACCGAUCGCUCAGAAAUUUCUGCCGAGGAAACGAUGGAUCGCUUGUAUACAAGCAUCCUGAAGAAGUGUGAUUGGAGUGACGAAGAUUUUACACACGACUACCCAGUUGUGAUGGGAGCGAUCUUCGCUGCACAACAGCCCCUGUCUUCUACAGCUUGGGAUGCAAUUCUGUCACCUCUCUUGAAUUCGUCGGUUCGAUAUACGUUAGCCGAACUUGCACCUCUCCUCUCGGGAGUUGAGGAGCCUCACAUUCCUAUCCGCAUCUUACACCAAUCCUUCCGUGACUUUAUUCUGGAUCGGAUCGAUCCCCAGUCCAUCAGCCUUCGCUGCGGUCUAGUAGAUGUGGGGAAGGAGAAUGCCAGGGUUGCCCUGCGAUGUACCGAGAUUCUGAACCAGAACCUUUGCUCUAUAGAGGGCCUGGGACUGAUUGAGAACUUAUUCGAAAAAGAUGAGCUGCCCCGCAUUCUUCCAGAGAAGUUAUCGGAGCACAUGCAUUAUGCAUGUCGUCAGAUUAUUUAUCACCUCAGUGGAGUCCAGGAACCAUCACGGGAGCUUGAUGAAUCAGUACAUGUAUUUCUCAGUCAGCAAGCCACUCCCUGGGUGGAAAUUUGUGUGAGAAUGGAAGGCUAUAUCAGUAUCUCGAUACUCCCUGAGUGGGCAAAGUUGGCAGUUGGCCAAAGGUCAAAAGAUGCUAUCUGCACGCUGUCCAAUGUGCUUUGCCGGGUUUAUUCAAAUUUGAGGUUUUUUUCAAGAUUCGGAGAGGCAUAUGAGGCAGCAAACGAUUCAGUUGAACUCUGCCGUUACCUUGUUUCUGUGGAUUCAGAGUCCUACAACCCGGAGUUGGCCAGGGCACUGCGAACUUUAUUUUCAGCUCUUUCCGACCUCGGACGGUACUCGGAAGCGCUCCCAUUCAUUGAGAACAGUGUCAAACUCCAGCGCAAGCUAGUUUACGUUCACCCAGGAUCGUACACCUCAGAUUUGGCAUGGUCACUCAACAGUCUGUACUGCGCUCUUUCAAAUCUCGGACGGCACUCGGAGGCGCUCCCAUUCAUCGAGGAAAGCGUCAAACUCUGGCGCGAGCUAGUUGCCGUUUACCAAGGAUCAUACACCCCAUAUCUAGCCAUGUCACUCAAGAAUCAAUAUAACGCUCUUUCGAAUCUUGGACGGCACUCGGAGGCACUCUCAUUCAUCGAAGAAAGCGUCAAACUCCAGCGUGAGCUAGUUGUCGUGUACCCAGGAUCAUACACCCCAGAUUUAGCUACGUCACUCAACGAUCUAUUUGCCGCUCUUUCCAGUCUCGGACGGUGCUCGGAAGCGCUCCCAUUCAUCGAAGAAAGCAUCAAACUCUGGCGCAAGUUAGUUGCUGUUUACCCAGGAUUGUACACCUCAAAUUUGGCAUGGUCACUCAAUAAUCUAUAUUACGCUCUUUCGAAUCUCGGACGGCACUCGGAGGUGCUCCCAUUCAUCGAAGAAAGCGUCAAACUCCGACGCAAGCUAGUUGCUGUUCACCCAAGAUUAUACAGCGCACAUUUGGCACAGUCACUCGACAAUCUAUACCGUGCUCUUUCAGAUCUUGGACGGCACUCGGAGGCGCUGCCAUUCAUCGAAGAAAGCGUCAAACUCCAGCGCAAGCUACUUGCCGUUAACCCAGGAUCAUACAACGCAGAUUUGGCUUUGUCACUCAAGAAUCUAUAUAACGCUCUUUCAAAUCUCGGACGACACUCGGAGGCGCUUCCGUUCAUCGAGGAAAGCGUUGAACUCUACCGUGAGCUGGCUGCCGUUAACCCAGGAUUACACACCUCAUAUUUGGAUAUAUCACUCAACGAACUACGUACCGCUCUUUCUAACCUUGGACGUAUCCCGAGCCACUAAUUUGGGCAUCCCCCUUGUUAUUGCAUUCUCUCAUUUCCUACCUGCACUAUAAUGCACAUAACCCAGUUGGGUGUUCAGUUCGGGAAUAUUGGGGGACCGAGAUUGAUUUUUGGUUUGGAACUGUUGGGGAAACGUUUACGGGCUUUCCUGGCUGUUCCACUCACAACUGAUCUACCUUAUGCUCAUGAUUCUAACAUCAAGAAUCCGAGACAUUUUAUCUUCUACUACUGUCAUUGUUUCCACACGCCGUUGUACGCAAUGAAGCCGAGGCUUGCAUGAUAUCAGCGCAAUCGGUGGAUCAGCGUUGUCAGGUGUGGCAUGCGAGUGUGGAGGCCUGAAGAUGACAAUUAGUGUAACGCAGGUGUGUAGUCAAGUGUAUACAACUCCAUGUAGCACGCAAUCGGAUAAGUAAUAUCUUGACUCGGG